CAACGAAACAUCUCGAGGCACCACCAAAUCCUCCACGUUCCCACGCCUACGCCCUAAGUGCUGGAAAUUUGUGCCUCUGGGCGACAGGCGCAAACCAGCAACAUGGCGGACCAAACGAACCGCCCCCACCGCAAAUCCAAGGAGAAGAAGCCUCAUUCCGGAGGCCACAACCCCAAGGCAUUCGCCUACGCGACGCCCGGCAGGCUUCAGAAGCAAGCAGCGCGCUCCCACGAUGUCAAGGAGAAACGCCUGCACGUCCCCCUCGUCGACCGCCUGCCCGAAGAAGCGCCCCCCAUCAUCGUGGGCGUCGUCGGCCCUCCCGGCGUAGGAAAGACGACACUUAUAAAAUCGCUCAUAAGGCGGUACACGAAGCAGACGCUUUCCGCGCCGACGGGCCCACUCACGGUUGUCACGUCGAAGCGGCGAAGGUUGACGUUCAUCGAGUGUCCGGCCGACUCGCUCGCGAGCAUGAUCGACAUCGCGAAAGUGGUGGAUAUCGUGCUGCUCAUGAUCGACGGCAACUACGGGUUCGAGAUGGAGACGAUGGAGUUUCUGAAUGUGCUGAGCGCGAGCGGGAUGCCGGGGAAUGUGUUUGGCAUCCUGACGCAUCUGGACCUGUUCAAGAAGCAGGAGACGCUCAAGUUGCAGAAGAAGAGGCUCAAGCAUCGGUUCUGGAGCGAGCUGUAUCAGGGCGCGAAAUUGUUCUAUUUGUCGGGCGUGGUGAAUGGGCGGUAUCCGGACAGGGAGAUUAUGAAUCUGUCGAGGUUCUUGUCCGUGAUGAAGAACCCCCGGCCGCUCAUUUGGAGGAAUUCGCAUCCGUAUUGUUUGGCUGAUCGGUUUUUGGAUAUUACGCCUCCUACGGAUAUCGAGAAUGACCCCAAGUGCGACCGCACCAUUGCGCUGUACGGCUAUCUACGCGGCACAAACUUCCCCGCCCAGGGCUCAAAAGUGCACAUCCCCGGCGUGGGCGACCUAAGCGUAUCGUCCACCGAAGCACUACCGGAUCCGUGCCCGACGCCCUACGCAGAGCAAGCACUGGCAAAGAUGACUGGGAAGGCAAAAAGGACGCGGUUAGGAGAGAAACAGAAGAUUUUGUUCGCACCCAUGUCGGAUGUUGGUGGUGUGUUGGUAGAUAAAGAUGCGGUAUAUAUCGACGUCAAGACCAACACGUUUAAUGCGGAUGAAGAGCCGGAUCACGAACGUGGGUUAGGAGAGCAGAUGAUGUUGGGGUUGCAGGGUGGAAGGAGAUUGCUGGGUGAGGGGGAGGCGCAGAUGAGGUUGUUUAGCGGUGGGAAGGUCGUUGAUGGGAAUGUUGCCGAUGAUGAUAGGGAAGAUAGUGGUCGCACAUCGCAACGACAUGCGAGAUUGGCAGAGGGUGGGGAUAUCGACGAUGCUGAUCUGGAGGGCAUCGCAUCGGACGAAGAGAACUAUGAGGACGGCGAGGGAGAAGAGGAUGAAGGCGAUGAUGGGUACCUGGAGACAUCGAAUGGUCAACCGGCUUUUGCACGAAGGAGAGAUUCGGAAGCAGACGGUGCGGUGAAUGAGGACAUUGCAUUCGCCGACAGCGACUCCGAUCUAGGUUCAAUAUCAGGCGACGACGUCGAUCUGGAUCAUCUGGAAGAUCCGCCAUCCGAUUACGAUGAGGAGGGAGACGACGACGACGAGGGCACGCUGCGAUGGAAAGCGAAUCUGCAGGAAAAUGCGCGCAAGAUGCACGGGCGGAAUCGACCCUAUCGGACAACCGAGCUGGCGCGGAUGAUGUAUAACCUGUCGCUGACUCCGGCCGAGGUGCUCAAGAAGUGGCGUGGAGAAGAGGAAGAGGAGGAAGAGGAAAAUAGCGAGGAUGAAGGUGACGAUGACUUCUUCAAGAAGUCCAAGGCGGCAGAUGCUGCCGAGGAAGAGGACCGUUAUAUACCCCUUUACGACUAUGCUGCUUUGGAAGAGAAGUGGGAAGAUGAAGAAAAUAUCGAGGCUUUGAAGAGCCGGUUCGCCGUCGGACAUCUCGCUGGUAAAGGAGGGGAGGAAGACGGCGAAGAGGGCGAAUUUGAAGGCUUCGAUGAGGAGGACGAGGGAGAUGGUGAGUUUGAGGAUCUAGAGACGGGCGAAACUUUUGGUGGCAAGGACAAAGACAAGGCAGCGGAGGACGAGGCGAAGAGUCUUGAAGAGGAGCGUGCGAAGAAUGCUCGAAGAAAGGAGGAGCUAAAGCUUCGUUUUGAGGAAGAGGACAGGGAAGGCUUCAUGAACGACAAGACGGACAGCCGGAAGGAGGGAGGCGAAGAUGAAGAGUUUGGCGAGGAUGACUGGUACGAUGCGCAAAAGGCCAUGAUCCAGAAGCAGCUCGACAUCAAUCGUGCCGAGUUCGACCAGCUGGACGAGGUAUCGCGAGUGCGGGUUGAGGGCCACAAGGCCGGUACCUAUGCUCGGAUUGUGCUUGAAAAAGUGCCCUACGAAUUCUCCGUCAACUUCAACCCUCGCUUCCCCAUCAUCAUCGGCGGUCUUACUCCCACAGAGGAGCGAUUCGGCUAUGUACAAGUGCGGAUCAAGCGCCACCGCUGGCACAAGAAGAUCCUCAAGACCAACGACCCCCUCAUCUUCUCCCUGGGCUGGCGACGCUUCCAAACCCUCCCCCUCUACAGCAUCUCGGACUCGCGGACCCGAAACCGCAUGCUCAAAUACACGCCCGAACACAUGCACUGCUUCGGCACCUUCUACGGCCCGCUCGUGGCGCCCAACACGGGCUUCUCGUGCGUGCAGAGCCUGUCCAACAAGACGCCCGGCUUCCGCAUCGCGGCCACGGGCGUCGUCCUCAGCGUCGACGAAUCCGUCGAGAUUGUCAAGAAGCUGAAGCUCACGGGGCAUCCGUACAAGAUCUUCAAGAACACGGCCUUCAUCAAGGACAUGUUCCAGAGCGCGCUCGAGAUAGCCAAGUUCGAGGGUGCCAGCAUCCGCACGGUCAGCGGCGUGCGGGGCCAGAUCAAGCGCGCGCUCAGCAAACCCGAGGGCCAUUUUCGAGCUACCUUUGAGGACAAGAUCCUCAUGUCGGAUAUCGUGUUCCUGCGCGCGUGGUAUCCCGUCAAACCGCACCGGUACUACAAUUGCGUGACGAAUCUGCUGAGUCCGCCGGGGCCUGGGGAUGAGGGGGAGAGCACGGGGUGGAAGGGUAUGCGCCUGACAGGCCAGGUGCGGCACGAACAGGGCAUCGAGACGCCGGCGAAUAGGAACUCGGCGUACCGCAAGAUCGAGCGGCAGACGCGGCACUUCAACCCCUUGCGCGUGCCUAAAAAGCUGGCCGCUGAAUUGCCGUUCAAGUCGCAGAUUGCGGCCAUGAAACCGCAGAGCAAGAAGACGUAUCUGCAGAAACGCGCGGUGGUGGUGAAGGAUAGGGAAGAGAAGAAGGCAAGGGCGUUGAUGAGCCAUCUCAUGACGGUAAGGAAUGAGAAGGUAGCGAAGAGGCGGGAGGCGCAGGAGAAGAGGAGGGAGGGGUAUAGGGCCAAGGUGAGGGAGAAUGCGGAGAAGAGGGCUGAGAGGGAGAAGAGGGAGAAGGCGGAGUUUUGGCGGAGGGAGGGGAAGAAGAGGAAGGCGGCGGAGGCGGGGGGUGGUGAGGGGAAGAGGAGGAGGAAGUAG